AUGGCUCCCGCGGUUCCCGUAACACUCGAUUACACCCUGCACGACCUCUACUCAGAGGGCAAUGAAGGCGUCAUGAACACGGUUCUUAUCUACUAUCCUCUGCCAGUCGGGGGUUAUUAUGAGGGAUCGUCAACCAAAUUUGCCUACGGAUAUACACUUCAAGAUGAUGAUGAGAACGCGGCAUCCUCGUUUAAAACGGCGGGGAACAUGGUGCCCCAGCGGUACGCCUUCUCCGCAGGCCAGAUGCCCCUGAUCAUCUCGGAUUUUGACUCAAAAAACAACCGGCAAGAAGCGAAUCACAAAACAAUCCAAAUCAUAGACAAACUACCCGCUCACCAUGUUGAUAUCCGUCGGACCUUCGCCCAGUUAAUACCCGAUCAGCAGCCAAAUUUGAUUUUUGUGAACAGCCCGGAAAGUAUAUCUUUAGACGCCGGAGCGCAGAUUGCUGUCUGUUUCCCUACGGACUGUCUGUCGCAUCUGCCUCAUCUCAUUAAUCCGGAGAUCCAUUACGAGAUCCUGUCGAAACGUGGACUUGCUCUGUCCGGCUUGACGACACCCCCAUCUCAGGUGAUUGACACCUGUCUUAUCGACUCCGGGGACCCGAUUGUUUUGAAACGAGAGAUUGCACGGAUUGUGGACUUAAUUGACCAGCGUCAACCCCCCUUUAUGAUUAAGCUUCCACAGUCCGUCUCCGGCAUGGGUACCUAUGCGAUCACCACGGAAGCCGAAAGGGACCGAGUGAAGCAUGCCCUCACGACGCAGUUGAAACCGAUGCUACAGCAGAUCAACAGAUCCAAUCAUCACCUAUAUCCCUGCUCCUUGGUGCUUCAAGAUUUCAUUACGGGGCCAGUGGUGGCUUUGUCGCUUUUCGUCACACAGAAGGGGCAGGUGCGUUUUGUUGCUUGUUGUGAGCAGCUCUUCGACGAGCAGGGACAUUGGACCGGUGGCUCAAUCUCGUACCGAGAGCAGCCGGGGCUUUGUGAGAGCUUUGCCGCCAUUGUGGAGGGGGUGGCAGUUUUCUUGCAUAGUAAAGGGUAUCAUGGACCGGCUGGUGUGGACAUCGUUACCGAUAUAUGCUCAGGAGAGCAGUUUAUUAUUGAUCUCAAUGUCCGGGUCACCGGUACGUUCCAUUUAGGCCUUCUCAAGGGACACUUUUGCCAUCGCGAGCUGUUUAAGGCUACCAUGACUACGGUUGACUUCUCGUAUUCUCGGGAUGAGUUCGAGAAGAGGUUUGCAGACAAUAUUCACAAUGGUAGUCUUAUCGUGAGUGGCUGGGUCCAUGACGAGUCGAUCAGCCAUGCUGCAAUUACUAUCGGUGCGAGAGACUCUCACGAGCUGGAAGAAUUUCUCAAACGCAUCAGAGCAGCUGGCUUGCACACAUAG